AUGUGUAGAGUGCAUUAUUUUGAUCAGUGUAUCGGUUCUUUUCAAGCGUAUCUUGUCAAUGGCAACUAUUCGACAAAGGUCAACCAACAGAUCGACGCCAAAUGGUUAGCAUACCAGGUCCAACAGUCAUCAAGAAGGCUUAGUGGGCAUGUCGUCCGCACUCCCACCAUUCGACUGCCAUGGCUCGACCGACCAGGUCUUGAGGUAUGGGCCAAGCUUGACUGUCACCAAAAUACGGGCUCGUUCAAAUACCGGGGCGCUCUGAUUGCUAUUAUGCAAAGUCCAGCGGAGACGAUUGUCACAGCAUCGGCCGGUAACCAUGCCUUGGCCGUAUGUGCAGCUGCACAGGCUCUGGAAAAAGAGUAUUUUAUCAUUGCCCCGGUUGAGGUCUCGGAAAUCAAGGCCAAACGAAUUCUGUGCAGCGCCACACGCAUGAGCUUCUUCGGUAACGACCUUGGAGAAGCAACCCAAGAAGCAAUUGGUUAUGCCAAGGGCAAGCCUAACACCCACUAUAUUUCACCGUAUGCGGAUCCUUUGGUAGUGGCAGGUGCAGGCACAUGUGUAGUGGAGGCCUGCGAGGAUGCAGGGCCAUUCGACCAAGUCGUCGUGCCGCUGGACGGAGGAGGUCUUGCUUCUGCAGUAGCGUCGUGGUGUUCAGAAUAUUCAAAAGAUACACGCGUGGUGUGCGUGCAUCCACAUGUUUUUGGGCGUACGUUUGGCGCCCACAAACAUAUAUCGUCUGAACUGUGGAGGCCAGCAGAAGCCAGUUACUGCGAUGGUUUGGCCGUGCAACUGGUCCAGGAAACCCCGCUGGGCAACAUACUGGACUCACUCACCGGGGACGUUGUACAAGUAAACGAGGACGAGGUUGCCAUUGGCAUUGCCCAAGCCAUGCGCAACCAAUCCCUGCUUCUCGAGGGUUCAGCCGCAGCGGUCAUUGCCGCCAUUCCCCAACUACAAACAUCUACACCAGGCCCAAGCCGCGUUCUACUGCUACUUACUGGUAGCAACAUCGCUGCUAAUGUCGUUGCCCGCGCUCUCGUCACUCAUGUUUCUGACGACGAAGACCGCCGGUCCAUGGGCCUUCGCAACAUUGUCAAUCCUGCUGAGCGUUAUGGCGCUCUCAGCGACUUAGCGGGCAGUGCCAACAACAGCACUUCCAAAGCCAUCCAAAAAUUCCGCGAGCCCCGUGAUAUCUUUAUCGCUCUUGGCUUGCGUCUUCUGCAAUCAGUCGAUGCCAUGAAACACAGAUUAGACCAAAGCCGCCUUCUAUGCAAUCGACUGCAGUUACGCCUUGAUACCUGGUCUCACUCCAUCGUUGAGGCCCUUUUCAGCCAGGUUCGUAAACUCACUGUUGAAUUCUGCGAUGACGUGGCAGGCCAUGUCGUCCCGUUUUGGGUUAUUGAAGAACGCCAUCGUGUCCUUCUUCGGCUGCUAUCGGCUGCUUCGUGCACGUUUGAACGAGCGAGCCCUUCAUAUGACCAGGCUGUUACGCAGUGGUUUAGCGACACUGCCUCGCAGAAUUCAAAUAUGGUCAACUACGAUCGACACGAGCUCAUGCUUUUGCAGGCGCUGCGACCUUCGGAACACGGCAAAACCGCCGUGAGUCUACUCCUUACCUCCAGCGUUAUGGCUGCCUUCCAGAUCCUACUGCAUUACUUUAUGCAGCACAUCCGUCCAGGCGACCAUGUACUCCUUCCGCCUCACAUCUACUUUGAGGCAUCCGAGGAGAUCAAGAGCUUCGCAAACACCAGUCUCUUCCAUCUGCACCAAGCUGAAAGCUUUGACGCUGAAAGCUUGAUUUCCGAAGCCGAGCAAUGCAACGCUCGUGUUGUUUUCAUUGAUCCCAUCGCCAACACGGCUGGUCUACCUACCACCGAUAUCCGCUAUUUUGCGCAAACAGUGUCUCAUCAGCCAGGAUGGGAAAACCGUACUGUUAUCAUCGAUGGAACCAUGGUUUCUGGAGGUCUCCCCAUCUACGACUGGUUUGUCGGGCCGCACGCACCCUUGGCAUUGUACUCUGAGAGAGCAAGCAAAUACCCUCAAUACGGAUUGGAUGUCCAGAUGGCUGGCUUUGUCGUUUAUCCCAGCCACCCAGACAAAGGCAUGCGCAAAAUACGACGAGAUCUGGGCUCUGUCAUGUACUACCGUAGGCUAUCUCUCUUUGCUCCACUCGACUACACCAUCUACCAAGCCCGACUGGCUAUGCUUACCCAAAACUGUGAGACACUCUGCUCUGCUCUUGUGCAGUCACUUAGUAGUAUUGCUACUGUAGAGUUUCCACGGGCUUGGUCAGAACUUGGAUGGCGGCAUGGUGGCUCUAUCAUCACUAUAGAAUUCCAUGAAAAGGGCUUGAAUGGUCGAGAAGGUCUCGAUGCGUGCAUCGAGCUGGUUAUUUUCAAGGCCAAGCAGCUUUCACUUGCGAUAACAAAGGGUGUCAGUUUUGGUUUCUCGACAUCGAGGAUUUCGGCAAGCUCAUCCAUGGCUGAGAAUAUGGAUCCCUUUCUUCGCAUAUCUGUUGGCGUGGAGAGGGAACAUGUACCACUUUUGGAUUCGGCAGUGUCUUCGGCAGUCUUGAGGUACCAUGAAGAAUUCUCACAGCAAAGGGUUGUUUAG